UUAUCGUGCCAAAAAAAAAAAAAAGAAAUUGACACUUGGUGUGUUUUAUAUUUAGAUGUUUUCUUUCUAAUUUUUGAGAGAAGCUUUUAUAUUAAAUACAUUAUUUAGAUUCCGUUGAAUUUUGUAUCCAAAUUUUUUGUUAAUAUUUGAUUUUACCUACCUACCUAAAGUCUGUUUUAAUUAUAACUUACUAGCAAGAUGAUGCCUGGAAGAAUCGGUAAUAUGCCAAUUUCAUCAGAAAAUCCUUUAGGACUUUCAUGGCAUGAUUCUGCUUGGAUCCCAAUGUUAAGUCCUUCUAACAUAAUGGAUUAUUUUUCUGAGCGAUCUAACCCUUUUUUUGAUCGUACCUGCAAUAACGAAGUUGUUAAAAUGCAGCGCUUAAGCAUGGAUCAAUUACAAAAUAUGACAGGUUUGGAAUAUAUACUCCUACAUGUGCAAGAUCCUAUUUUGUAUGUGAUUCGUAAACAACAUCGAUAUGGACCCAAUCAAGCCACUCCAUUAGCCGAUUAUUACAUUAUUGCGGGCAUUGUGUACCAAGCUCCAGAUUUAGCAAGCGUUUUAAACUCUAGAUUGCUGUCCGCUGUCCAUCAUCUACAGUGUUCAUUUGAGGAAACUAUGUCAUAUUCAAAAUAUCACCCUAGCAAAGGUUAUUGGUGGGAUUUCAAAGCAACAAAACCUGGUAUAAGUCCAUUUAAUGCAGGCCAAUCAGUUCCUAAAGAAGUUUCAAGUACACCAAAGGAGGAACCGUCGACAUUGUUCCAACGUCAAAGAGUGGAUAUGUUGCUGGCUGAACUUGUUAGACAAUUUCCUUUACCAAUAGCACAAACUACACCUAAUCAGGCAAAUGGUGUAACAAUAAAGAGUGAAAACACAAAUGAUAAAGACAAGACAGAUAAUGGCAAUGUUAACAACAUAACAAUAAAACAGGAACCAGUAGAUUCCAGUAGUACAGACAUGACUAAUGGCAAUAUAUCAGGACAUGCUGAAAUUAAAACUGAAAUCAAGCAAGAAAAUAUGAAACCUCCUCCAGAAAAAAAACCAAGAACACUAUAAAUAUCUAAAAUACACUUAUAAGUUACUUAGUCAGUUAGCUUUUACCUGCAGCUUCGUACGAGUAGACAUUAAAAGUAGGAAAAUCAAUUAAAUAGACCACUUUUAUAUUAAGUAUAUCAAGAUAAAACAUAUGCCAAUUUGGUGUAGUAAGUUUUAAUGUGAUGAUACAAAAUUUCUAAAAAUUAUUGUUUCCAUUUCUAUAGCUGUUAUUAAGACCCCACAUAUAUUUUUCUCUUAAAUAUUUCCCAUGUACAGACAUUGACUUAUUACAAUUUUAUUAUAUUAAUAUGAUUAAGAUAUAUGAAUAGAUUUUCGGGAUAAUAUUUUAAUUAUACCUAUGCCAUUUUUAAGGGUUUACGGAUAAUGAGCAUAAUAAAUAUAUUCUAUGAUACUUAUGGUACUGUUUAUGUCUACAGUAGGAUGAUUAAUACUACUUUUAAUAAAAUGGAACAUCAACU